GAUAUACCGUGAAACGCAAUUUAGUAUGUUCAAUACACAGAACGGCGAGAUAAGAAUAUUCGUAUUCGUCCAUUCUGGACUGGGUAUCGCGAUGUAUAUCUCGCGAACUGCGAGAUGGCGACACGUUCACCAUCUAUAUAGUUCUAGAUCUGUAGCUGUUUAGUUAAUGAAAGGCUGGAAGCUGUCGGAAGUACGUUGGACGUUGAUAUUAUGAGUGAAAUUGUAUUCGUGCACUACGUAGGGCCACAGAGUAUGGAUAUCUUUAAUUCGUGAUAUUUUUCAUGUAUGGAACGCUGAAUUGUACGGUUCAUGAGUGAUGGUUAUUAGCGGUGGAUGGUAUUUUUCAUUUUAGUACAGAAGUGACAGGCUGUGUAAGAAUAGUAUAUAUUUGUGAGUGUCUGUGUUAUAUCAAAACUAAUUGCAAUGCACAUAUUACAUAGGCUGUUGUGUUAGAUAUACACUCUCUAGAAAAUGGGACACUGUGAUAAGACUGUGUGGGUAGCUAGGAUUGGACAAUGACUUCCUAGCAAACUUUUCCAUUAGUUUCUAAAAAACUAACAGAAUGCGCAAGUCCCAUGAAACAGACAGCCACUCAACGUGUUCAACUGCUAAUCAGCGAAAACGGGGAUUAGCACGUUUCUCAUUGCGACGUCUCCUCUACUCCAGUCCUCUUGUAGCCAGGCGAAUUACUAGAGGAUCUUCUAGCACCUCCAAGAAUUCAAGAAAUGCAGGAGAUGGCCGUGCAAGUGAGCCAUCUAGAGACAUGGAGAGAGGAGGAGCUGUUCGACUCAGCAGUGUCGUUGCUGGGGGAGCUCCACUUAACGAUGAUCUGCAACAAGCUUCCAGCAAACCGUAUGGCUUUGGAAUGAGUGCAGGAAAGAGUUGUGAACUGGGUAUUGCCGAAUGCCCACUGUGUCUUGCAGAGCUACCUGUGGAAUACUUCCCAAGACUGUCUAGUUGUAGCCAUCGCUCUUGCUAUGAUUGUUUCCAGCAGUACCUUCGGAUUGAGAUAUCAGAAUCUCGAGUAAGCAUCGCCUGCCCAGAAUGUUCCGAGCCAAUGCAUCCAAAUGAUAUUCGGAUGAUUUUGAAUGACAAACUACAGUAUGAAAAAUAUGAAGAUUUUAUGGUGCGUCGAGUGUUGGCUGUGGACCCAGAUACGCGCUGGUGCCCAGCUCCAGACUGCAGUUUUGCUGUGAUAGCAGCUGGGUGUGCCAGUUGCCCAAAAAUCAAGUGUGAACGACCCGGUUGUGAUGCCUAUUUCUGCUAUCACUGCAAAGCAGAGUGGCAUCCAAACCAGACUUGUGAUGCAGCAAGGGCUCAGCGAUCUCCUAAUGUGCGCUCAUCUUCUGUCAGUUUUAGUCAGGACUCUCAGCAUCGUGAUGAUAUUAAACCAUGCCCACGAUGCCAAGUACUCAUAGUGAAGAUGGAUGAUGGUUCCUGCAAUCACAUGACCUGUGCUGUGUGUGGAGCAGAGUUCUGUUGGCUGUGUAUGAAGGAAAUUAGUGAUUUGCAUUACCUAAGUCCAUCCGGCUGCACAUUUUGGGGCAAGAAGCCGUGGUCACGUAAAAAGAAAAUUUUGUGGCAGCUAGGCACAUUGGUUGGUGCUCCUGUUGGAAUCGGCCUAGUCGCAGGCAUCGCAGUACCAGCCAUGAUUAUUGGUAUUCCAGUGUGGGUGGGUAGGAAGCUGUAUGCUCGCUAUGAACAUGCCAAUAAACACAAACGGAACUUGGCGAUUGCUGGCGGAGUAACUGCUUCGGUACUUGUUUCACCAGUGCUGGCUGGAUUGGCUGUAGGAAUUGGUGUCCCUAUCCUCCUGUUCUACGUCUAUGGAGUUGUACCAGUGUCUCUUUGUCGGUCAGGUGGUUGUGGAGUCUCUACAUCAGGUGCAGGAGUCCGCUUUGAUUUUGAUGAUGAAAAUGAUUUGCUAGGGGUCUUAGGUGCUAGAAAUACUGAUGCAGUAUCUAUGGAUGCAGUGAGUCAUCGUGGAGGAAACCCAUCCAUUGGAGAGGUCUCCUUGUCCCUAGGCAGCGGGAGCCAAUUGGAGAGACUUGGACGAGAGAAUGAUAGGGAAUCGGCAAGCAAUGUUGCACUUGCUGGAGCAAGUAUUGCUGGAAGCAUUGCAUCAAGUUUUCUUCCUGGAGGACAGAGGCUAGAAGUACAAGCUGAUGUGGCCUCAUCACAGAGAUUUAGCAUGAGCAGUGAAACUGCUUCGGCAGCAACCAGCUUAUCUGAAAAAUCUGUGUCAGCUUCAAUAGCUGAUGAUGGAGCAGCUUCAACACGUGCACUUGCUGGAUCAGUUCUAAACUUCAAAAUGGAUUCCAGUUCCUUGUCAGGCUUCCGAGGAACUAGUGUUGAUGCAUGCACACCAGUUGAGAUACACACUGAUUCGGCAAGCCAGCGCAGUGAUGAAGUUGCUGGGCCGGCAUCACUUAGUUCAUUAGAAGAACUUACGUCAGGAAUGAUGCGACGUACACGAAGGAAACCACCCCUGGAUCGACAGGGAAGUGAAAGCAGUAGUUGGGCUGCUGGUGGUGAAGAUGGUGGCUCUGAGAGGGUACGGUUUGAUGAUCAUGUAAGCUUUAUCGCUCCUCACUCAUAUGAAGCGUCACACAGCAGUCAGUGUGAUAAAGAAAGCAGUAUUGGUGGACGUGGAAGAUGGUGGAGUACUGAAACUAGGUGCCAUCGAGAACUACCAGGAGAGGAGCAUGUUGGAGGCCUUGCAGACAUGAAGAGAAUAACAGCUGUUCGACAAGAGUUGAGAAACGCUGAAGAAACUGUGGGAUCGAAGGCAGUGGAUGAGUGUAUUGUGUUGGAUGGAGAUGAUGCUGAUGCUGCUGAUUAUUAUGAUGGAAAUUAUGAUGAUUUUACUGUCACUUCUACCAACACUGCAGCAGCUACUGCUGCUAUUCCAGCCACCACUACUUCAACUGUCACAGUCACUGCCUGCUACCAUACUGCUUCAAAGUCGGACAUUUCUGCAGAAACUGUCAACAAAGACAAAUUGCAUGGAACAUCUGCUGCCAUUAGUGGAUGUAACAAAUCCACAUCAGCUGCUACUCUAAGGAAUGUGUUCUUCCAUGCCCCACCAGCUGAAAGUAAAAGACUCCCAAAGUUACGUAAAGCACAGGAAUCUGUGGGAUCAGCUGUAGAUGGAGAACAGCACAUCUCUUCUCGGCAAACUCUUGCAUUGCCAGUAAUACCAGAACCUUCCAUUGACCAGCCACACUCAAGCCCACCACGUGACAUGCCCGUCAAAAUCGAAGUUCCCAUCGAAUCUGAUUAAGUGUAUAGAACAGUGCUUUGAGGUUAUAUAAGACUGAAUUGAUUCCAUGAACCAAAUUUUGGUGAUCCUCUACCAUUUUUACUAAAAACAGUUUAACCAUUUGAUCCUCCUAACUUUUAUAAGUUAUCUCUCUCCCCCCCCUCCACAUCCCCCCUCCUGGUCAGGCUUAAGAGGAAUGUUUAUGGCUAUAGUCCUGUGUUUGUGUACCCUUCCGUUCUUCCUAAUGUAUGAGAAUAAGUGUAUGUAUUUUUUAUAUUGGAGUGCUAAUAUUUGUGUGUCAUAUGACUGACAUCAUAAGGGGUUAUUUUUAUUUUUGCAUUGAAGUAUUACAUUAUUGGUAUUGCCUAAAAUAGUUGUAAGUGUAAAAGUAUAGGAAACCUAAAAAUUAUUUUUACAGUUUUGAAGUAUAAGUUAUUCAUCCAGUUAUGGUUUAAUUUUCAUGGGGGUGCCAUUGUUUGUUUGUUUUUUGUUUCUUGUGGUAAAACAUUUUACAUUCAGGAACAGAACUACUGAAAUUGCAUUUUUAUAAUUAGUUAGAAUAAUUUAGUGAAGGUGUUGAAUUUCCAGCACUGGCUUGUACUAUAGAAAUCUGUAGUUAUAAUUUGAUUUAAUAUUGGAAGUUCUAAGUGGCACAAACUUUUUUUUUGGAUGCCUUUGUUGUGGUGCAUACUGGGAAUCUUUUGCAAUUUAUUUGUCAAUUGCCAUUAUUAAAUUAUUUCUCAUUUAAUUGUCUUGUAAUGACAGUUGAGAUUUGAUAUGUAGUUAUAUAUCGCAUCUUUCAUAACAAUUGUGCCGACUUCAAAAUGCUUGCAUUAUCUAUCCCUUGUACUUACGUUUCUCAAUACUGUGCAGUAGUUCUUAUAGAAGAUAAUAUGCCGUACAUGAUACAUAUGAAAGUAAACAUUUAUGGCCCAAACCAUCUGCAACACAUAUGAUGUAUAUCUAUAUGUGAACCUUGUAUGUCUUGUCAACCAUUGAAAAGAUUUCAAGGAUUCCUUUAUUUCCUAAUUCCAAAAUCUGAAACUAGAAUAUUGUCAUGUUUGAUGGAGUAGUAGAAAUCAUUAUUAACCUAGUGAAUGAAUGCUCAUUUCAUUACAACUGUUUUUCUUUUAAAAUAUACUUGGUCUUGCUGCUAGUUUCAUUAACAUAGAAAGAGAAUCGUAAAGUGAUAAGCAGUAAUAGACGGAUUGAUUUAUCAGUCUUUACUGUGAUAUGUUGCUUAAAAGAUGGCCUCCAUAUAUACCAUUCAACUGUGUUCCUGAACAGUUCUGUUUAUGUUAAAUGUAUAAUGCAUGCAUUAUCAUGCCUUAUUACUGUGUUUAAGAAAACAGCGAAUAAUGUUUGUUCAAUUACUUUUAAGUGAAGAAAGAAAUGUCCAAUUUGUUAUUUUUAAGUUAAAAAGUAAUAAAUUAUCAAUGUGGUGUUUGAAACAAUA